GUGAAGAACUUCUGGAAGACAGCUUUUACUCCACAUGUGAAAGUACUUUGUAGGGAGAAACAUUAUGGAUGUUACGAACACAGGAAGACAUCCCUUAGCCAACAUCAGAUAAGUCAUACGAGAGAGAAGUCUUAUGAAUGUAGUGAAUGUGGGAAGACCUUCCAUAGGAAAGGAAUCCUUACUCAACAUGUGAAAAUUCACACUGGAGAGAAACCUUAUGAAUGUGGUGAAUGCAGAAAGGCCUUCCAUAGAAAGGCAACCCUUAUUCUACAUCAGAGAACUCAUACUGGUGAGAAACCUUUUGAAUGUAGUGAAUGUAGCAAGAACUUUACCUGUAGACCAGAGCUUACUCGACAUCAGAAAAUUCAUACAGGAGAAAAAUCAUAUGAAUGUCUUGAAUGUGGAAAGAAUUUUGCACAUAAAUCAUAUCUUACUCAACACAGGAGAAUUCAUACUGGAAAGAAACCUUAUAAAUGUAAUGAAUAUGGGAAGACCUUUAGCAGGAGACCAGAGUUUACUCAACAUCAGAGGAUUCAUACUGGAGAAAAACCAUAUGAAUGUCAUGAGUGUGGGAAGGCCUUCUAUAGGAAGAGAGAACUUACUAGACAUCAGAGAAUUCAUACUGGAGAGAAACCAUAUGAAUGUCAUUAGUGUGGGAAGGCCUUUCAUUGGAAAAGAGUCCUUAUUCAGCAUCAGAAAAUUCAUACUGGAAAGAAACCUUUUAAAUGUAAAAAUGUGGGAAGCUUUCCCAUUUAAUUCAUAUCUCA